UGGGCUUUAUCCUAUUUGUGUUUACAGGAGCAAACUUUAGCUUUGAGGAAAGAAGGAAUUGGAGUUGUGUUAGAUUCUGAGCUGCCUCACUUAAUAGGCAUUGAUGAUGAUCUUCUGAGCACAGGUAUCAUCUUAUAUCAUUUGAAGGAGGGUCAAACACAUGUUGGCAGAGAAGAUGCUGCAAGAGAACAAGAUAUUGUACUUCAUGGUCUUGAUUUGGAAAGUGAGCACUGCAUUUUUGAACACUUUAAUGGAACAGUUCAUUUAAUACCACUCGAUGGAGCACAGUGUUCUAUAAAUGGAUUUCAAAUCACAGAGGCCACACAACUCAACCAAGGUGCUGUAAUAUUACUUGGGAGGACAAAUAUGUUUCGAUUCAAUCAUCCCAAGGAAGCAGCCAAACUGAGGGAAAAAAGAAAGAGUGGAUUGCUUUCUUCCUUUAGUUUGUCCAUGUCAGAUCUUUCAAAAUCUUGCGAAAACCUCUCAACAGUUAUGCUGUAUAAUCCAGGGCUUUUCCCUAUAAAAGGACCAGUCUUUCUAAGAUUAGAAUUCGAGAGACAACAAAGAGAAGAACUAGAAAAAUUAGAAAGUAAAAGGAAGCUCAUAGAAGAAAUGGAGGAGAAACAAAAAACUAACAAGGCUGAAUUAGAGAGAAUGCAACAAGAAGUAGAGUCACAACGUAAAGAAACUGAAAUAGUUCAGCUGGAAAUCCGAAAACAAGAGGAGAAUCUUAAGAGGAGAAGCUUUCAUAUAGAAAACAGGAUGAAAGAUUUAUUGGCAGAAAAAGAGAAAUUUGAAGAAGAGAGAUUAAGGGAACAGCAAGAAAUAGAGCUUCAGAAAAAGAAACAAGAAGAAGAAAUUUUUGGUAGAGUUAAAGAAGAACUUCAGCGAUUACAAGAGCUUAAUCAAAACGAAAAAGCAGAGAAAAUGCAGAUUUUUCGAGAACUGGAGAAGCUUAAAAAGGAAAAAGAAGAACAGUAUUUCAAAUUAGAAGUGGAAAAAAAGCGGUUGGAAGCUCAGGAGAGAGAUCAGGCAUUGCUGGUGGCAAACCUGGAAGAACAGCUUAGAGACAAACAAAUCAUGAUACAGCUGCUAAAAAGAGGAGAUCUGCAACGAGUUGAAGAAGAGAAGAAGAACCUGGAAGACAUCAGAGAAUCUCUUUUGCGAGUCAAAGAAGCCAGAUCUGAAGCAGAGGAGGACUACGAAGAGUUAGAAAAGGUACAGUGUAACUUCAUGGAUUUUAAGAGGAAACAGCUAGAACAGCUGACUAGUUUAGAGGGAGAUUUGGUUCAAGAAAGAAAUCAUCUAGAAAAACAGAUAACCGAAGAACAAGAAAAUCUGGAUCAUUUAAAACAGGCACACACAGAGCAUUUAAAUCUUGACAAGAACACGCCAGAUACUGCACUAGCUGUUGAAGAAUGUAACAAAAUAAGAUCAUGUGAAUAUAGGUUGCGCCAUAAAGAACGACAGCUUCUGUAUCUCAUUAAUAAUCAUUUACCAGCUUUGCUGGAAGAAAAACAAAGAGCUUCUGAAGUUUUAGACAGAGGCUUGCAAAGCUUGGACAAUACACUUUAUGAGGUUGAGAAAGAAAUGGAAGAAAAGGAAGAACAGCUUGCCCAAUACAGAGCUAGUGCCAGUGAGCUGCAGCAACUUCAAGAAACAUUUGAAUUUACUGCCAACAUAGCUCGUCAAGAAGAAAAGGUUUGGAAAAAAGAGAAAGAAAUUCUCGAAUCAAGGCAAAAACAGCAACGGGAGGCACUGGAGCAAGCAGUUGCUAAGUUGGAAAGGCGGCACUCUGCUCUACAGCGCCAUUCUACCAUAGAAAUUGAGGAGCAAAAGCAGAAACUUGCAACUUUGAACAGCAGUUGUAGGGAACAGGCAGGCUUGCAAGCAACAGUGGAGGCACAGCAAAAAGCCCUGGAACAAGACCGAGAAAAUUUGGACUUGCAAAUACAGCAGUUAAAACAGAAGAUAUAUGAAGGUGAUAGAAUUGAAAAGGGGUAUCCUGGAGUUGUAGAAGAGAGACUGUCUCAUAGUAGUUCCCCUUCUAACAUUGCAAAAUCACAGACUCAUUUUAUGCCAUUGGUUGAUGACAGAAUAAAUACCUUUAUUGAAGAAGAAGUUCAAAGACGCCUUCAAAAUAUUCAAUACAGCUCUGGAGAAAAUAGUAUCAAUCAUUUACAGUCUAUGGAAUGUACAAGGGAUAAUGAGAAGUUUCAUAAUGGUGCUGAUCAACGCAAGUUGAAGUAUGAGCGCAUGUUCUGUCGCCCUGUUAAAACAAAUCCAGAUGACCUAAAGAAUCCAGUUAAAAUUAGUAUUCCACGCUAUGUCCUUUGUGGACAGGGAAAGGAUGAGCACUAUGAAUAUGAAAUCAAGAUAUCAGUCCUAGAUGAGACAUGGGCUAUAUUCAGGAGAUAUAGCCGCUUUAGAGAAAUGCAUCAGACAUUAAAAUUAAAAUUCCCAGAGCUGACGAUGCUAGAAUUUCCCCCAAAAAAGCUAUUUGGAAACAAGGAUGAACGAGUCAUUGCAGAGCGGCGGAAUCACUUAGAGAAAUACCUCAGAGACUUCUUUGAUGCAAUGCUUAAUUCUCCAUCAUCUCCACUAUAUGUAAAUAAAGAGGGCUUGAUCCUGUCCAAACAUGACAUUUGUGAAUUUUCCUCAUUCUUUAAGAAAGGUGUAUUUGACUACAGCAGCUAUGGCACCGGUUAAUGAUUGGGAACCUCACUUCUUAUUUGAAAAAUAAAUUCACUUGUCUUUCUGUCUGCUGCACGAUCUCAGAAAAUAAAAAAAGUAGGGAAAAACUGGAUUAUUUGCAUAAAUACUGCUUGUUAAAUCAACCUUUUCCGUCUAAAACCUGCCAUAGAAAAUGAAAGCAGUUUUGCUACUGCAUGUUGGUUAAAGAAAUAGCUAAUAAAAAUUUCUCAGGCUCUUUGGAUCCACUCAACAGCUGAAGUUGUUCCUUCUACAUGUUCUCUGCCCCUUUGUUACAGCUUUCUUUUUCUAUCUGACUAUCUUCUCAGUAAGCAACUUUUCUUGAAGUAGGUUUCUGGGAGGAAAUGGAUUAGUCCAGAUUUUUUUGUAUUAGAUUAAUGCACUAUUACUGUGAAUUGCACUUUAUCUUUUUGAUCAUACUACUUUCAUCUUCAGUAUAUUAGCUGAAAUUUGAACAUUUACAAAAUAUAUAUGCACAGACUUACAAUCCCGAAGUCUUCCACACCAAGCUAAACAGAAUCAUUUGCUGAACAAUUGAAAUAGAUGAGAUCAAGCUUCUUUUCACAUUUUCUAAUUAUAUUGAUUGUUACUAUGUGUUAUGUUUCAAACAAGUUCCUGGCUGCACUAUAUAAAAAGGCAGUGUGGAGUAUGACUUGAAAACAAUUUUCCCCAUAAAUGUGUAACACUUUCUCAUUAGCUGAUCCCUUGUUGCAAAAUAUGAAUUAAAUUUUUUAAUGUGCUUUAAAAGUACUCAGGGCUUAUUUAGAAUAGGACAUUUAUAGAGGCAGCUGUAUUCAUUGUGCAGAAAUAUAAAUUUAAAAUAU